AUGCGUCUUCCACUUUGGAAUUCCGUCCCAAAAUGCGUCACGGAGGGCCUGAUAGUCUUCAUGAUCUUUCUGGUCUCCCAGAGAAUCACCCCAAAAGAGCGGCUCGAUGAACCUCGGAAUAGCCACAGCAAACGGCAUGCAAUCCACAAGCUCCCAGUCGAUGAUCGCCAGCAGAUCGUGCGGUUCACCGGAGGAAAAUAUCAUAUUGUUCAGUACCAAGUCAUCAUGCAUAAUGACAACUGGGACUUUUUCGACAUGGGGAGUGCUUAUCUUCCAACUCUCGGAUACAGUGAUGCAACCAUGCCUCCAGAUAUUAAGAGGUAG